AUGUUGACCAAACGACGUGAUUUCACUCGUGUCUUGACAACGGACGAAAUCAAUGGCAUCUUUUCGUACUUGACACAACACGAUUGUAUGACAUGCAUGCAGGUCUCCCAGCGAUGGCGUUCCUUGGUGCCGCAGUAUGCCGAGACAACUUUUAGCGACUUGAGAUUGGAUGGCAGGAAAGAUUACAGGCGACACCAAAGCAUGAUUGCUUGUCUCGGGCCACAUGUCAAGUCUCUGGUGGUGGAUGGAUGCCCUGACGCCGAUGCAUUGUAUGGCUUGAUGGAACUAUUGAGAGAACGUGAUUGUCAAGAAGGCAUUGAAUCGCUUGGUAAGGACAAGGACAAGGAUGAGGAUAAUGACCGUGGUGCGAAGGAAGACUUUUCAUUUAUUCUUUUUAUAGAGCUCUACAAAUGCUAUGUACCUGGUGAUCUCGCUCUUUAUCUUUGCCAUUGGACACGUUUAAAGUACCUGACGCUGAGUCAAAUGACUCAUAUCAUCGACACGGAGGCCUUUUAUCUCUCAUUGAUUACCCGAUGUAGCUCGUUAACAUCGUUUCAACUCCAAUGCGAUUUCAUGAUGAUGUGUGACACGCCCGUGGAAGCCGUCCCUGAUGCUGCUGCUAUGAAUCUCAACACGCGUCAUUUAUCCUGGAAUGUAUUCGGUGGAGAGCUUGAGCAACCCAACGACUUUGAGCCUCUUUUAUUGCAAUGUCCAAAUCUUAUCAGCCUCGAGGGGUGGCUAGCAACCGACUUUGAUCCAAAAAUAUUUGCAUGGUGUCCAAAGCUACAGCAUCUACGAUGGGUGGGUCGGCAACCCAAUCGUCAUUAUUAUCAGCUUCCAAGGAACGAUCAAGAACUACAAGCACUCGAUGUCAAUGUGGAUGAUCAUCACGAAGGAGUGGGUCAUUUGAAAGGGUUAUCCAUGCAGCACUAUCACUUGUCGACAUUGGAGGACCAACAUCAUUUACGAUAUCUGGAAUUGGAUGUGAAUCAAGAGCAACAAAGUUAUGCUAUUCAACUACUUGAAAGAAAUGCAACCACCUUGCAAUCACUUUUAUUGGAAAUUGACGGCAUCUUAUUACCCAUCAUGGCAUGUUUAUACGAUAGCGGCAUCAUUCAACGCUUGGUAUUAUUCGUGCUUUUUAUUCGACCCUCAUUCUUCAGCAGCAGCAGCAGCAGCAGCAGCAUCGACGACGAUGAUGAUGAUGAUGAUGACGCACCGACCAAUGCAGCAUUGCCUGACUUGAUCCACGGCCUGCAAAAAAAGGUGUCUCAAAGCACAUCGCUGGAAUGGAUGGCGCUUGAUUUGCUAGACGUUUUUGGCGAUUUCGAUCUUGAAGAGCAAAAAAGGAUGCUAUCGAUGAUUGGCUGUAUACCCCAUCUCAAGAGUAUCGAUAUUGAAGAAGAUACGUUGGAUCCACAGGUCCUUUUGGCAUUGUUUCAACAUGCAAUGGCAUUACAGCAUGUGGUGGUUCGUUGCAAUCAUUUGAAUGUGACAUACGAGGUAUUGGAGGUAUUGGCCCGUUUACCGAAUAUCAAGAGGCUUCAUCUCCAUGCUGCUGGUUCUAUCAGUGCAAAAGGCGUACGACAUUUAGCGAGCAAAAAGGACAUGACGUGGAUCGUGGAAUUAUUGGAAUCCGAUGAGCAAGGCCAUGCGUGUUUCGAUGAUGCAAAGGAAAUCAUGAAGGAUAGAUUCUCAUAUCAUGGAUAG